AUGCACUCCCUCCGAAGUUUUUCUUCAAACAUCAGAAAUAGAUUUAUAAAAAAGCUGUCGAGACAAAGUUUUUGUAAAGAGAGAGGGAGAGCCUUGUCUACUGUGGAAAAUCCACCGGGCUUUGCGUCAAAUACCCAAUUUAGUAUACCGAAAUGUAUCGUUGGCCAGCCAACUUGUUACACUCAUCCGCAUAUGAUAGCAGAGGGUCACUUAACAUGUGGUAUAACCCAACAGGAGUAUAAGGAAAGGAGAGACACUUUGGUGAACAAAUUGAAUGCAGAACCCGAUCACGCGCAUAAAUCUCAUGUUGUAAUAAUCCCAGCAGCGUGUAAACAGUACAUGUCAGACAAGAUUCCCUAUGUCUUCCGCCAGAACUCUGACUUCUUUUAUUUAACAGGAUGCUUGGAGCCUUCUGCGAUUCUGGUUAUGGUCAAGUCAGGACUGGCAGAUGAUUACUCAAGUAUACUUUUUGUACAUGAAAAAGAUAGUCAUGCAGAAUUAUGGGAGGGACCUCGUACAGGUUGUGCAGUUGCAGCAUCAUUAUUUGCAGUUGAUGAAGCUAGGCCUAUAGACAAUUUCAGCAAUGACAUUCUUAGAAUAAUCUCAUCAUCAAAGCCAGCAGUAGUCUGGUAUCAGAACGACAGUCCACCUAAUCCUGAAAUACACGAGACCAUCCAUUCCUCUAUCAGUCAAAGUCAUGUCUCAACAGAUAACCCUCAAAGGUUCCUGCAUCAAAUGCGUGUAAUAAAGUCUCCAGCUGAAAUAGAACUGAUGAAGGAGACAUGCUAUAUUGGAUCACAGAUGGUCAAUCUGGCGAUGGCGUGCACAAAACCUGGUAUAUCGGAGCACGCAGUUAGCACAGCGCUGGAGUACGGGGCGCGCGCGGGGGGAGCCGAGCACGGGGCCUUCCCCCCCGUAGUGGCGGGGGGGGCGCGCGCCACGCACAUCCACUACGUCAGCAACAACCAGCUGCUGGCCCGGGACGACCUGUUGCUGGUGGACGCUGGCUGCCAGCGCUGGCUCUACAAUUCGGACAUCUCGCGCACGUGGCCCGUGUCCGGGAAGUUUUCCAAACAUCAGAGGAUUUUGUACGAGCUAGUGCUUACUGUGCAGAAACGUCUUAUAGAAAUACUGGGUGAAUAUCGCCCUCCUCUAGACCAGCUGUUCGACCACAUGUGUCGUCUACUUGGCAAUCACUUGCAGCAGGAAGGUAUCCUACCUCGGAACAUCGACACCAACGAACUGAUAGGACGAGCCUACCGCCUGUGCCCGCACCACGUGGCGCACUACCUGGGCCUGGACGUGCACGACGCGCCGCUCGUGCGCCGCCGCGUGCCCGUCGCCCGCGGCAUGGUGCUCACCGUCGAGCCAGGUAUCUACAUCAGACCAGAUGACACUUCAGUUCCGCAGGAGUUCCGCGGAAUGGGCAUCAGAAUAGAGGAUGACGUGCUCAUCACUGACGCAGACCCGCUCAUACUCACAGCCGCCUGUGUCAAGGAGGUCGACGACAUCGAAAAUAUAGUUGGCAAACAGAGCUUGUGA